AACGCUGCUCUCAGCUGAACUUGUCAGGGAACUGUACCAACAGUAACGUUAACGUUAUAGUAACGAGAGGAGGCGGGGGCCGUGUGUGCAUGUAUGUGUGUGGUAGUUGAUGCAGCAGCAGCUGCAACCCUCGUGCACAUUGCUCUCUUCUGCCUGGUGCACCUGCGUGCGGGAGUACACACCGACCGACCGACUGACCGUCUGCUGCCUGGACCGGCGAGUCGAGAGGGGUUCAGAGGCGCACGGUAACGGUAUCUGCGGUCAGUAACGGUGAAAGUACCAGUAACGGUGACGUGAUGUGAUGUAAUGCGCGCGGGAUCACAGUAACGUAAGCACAGCAGCAGCAGCGGAGGAGGAGGACCGUCGAGGCUGAGCCGAGGAGGAUGCAGCAGUGAUCGGGACUGGGAGGAGGGAAACACAACGUCCAUCGGUGAGACCGGUGGGAACCUGGACCGAUCCGAUCUGAUGUAAAACCGCAGGGAUGCACGGGUAGGCAGGGAGGAGGCGCGAGGAGCGGAGCAACCGAACGGUACAUAACGGAGGACAGAGCGCGAGGAGGAGGAGGAGGGAGGCGGAGGAGCAGCGCGAGGAGGAGGGAGGAUGAAUCCGGCGGAUGGAGGAGGAGAAGCGGGCCCGGACGGUCUGGCGUCGGCAGGUUCAGGUAAAGCAGAGGGUGUUCGGGCAGUUGACGUCCUGACUGUGCUUAGAGAGAAAGUGGCCUUUGUGUCAGGUGGACGCGACAAACGAGGAGGACCAAUCCUGACCUUCCCUGCCAGGACCAAUCAUGAUCGAAUAAAACAGGAAGACCUGAGUCGACUGGUCACUUACCUGUCGACCAUACCCAGCGAGGACGUACGUGCUCGUGGCUUCACCGUGGUGGUGGACAUGCGCGGCAGCAAGUGGGACAGCGUGAAGCCGGUGCUGCGGACUCUGCAGGAGUCGUUCUCCUCCAGCAUCCACACAGCGCUGCUCAUCAAACCAGACACCUUCUGGCAGAAGCACAAGACCAACCUGGGCAGUGCCAAGCUCAGCUUUGAGACAAGCCUAGUGUCAGUAGAGGGUCUGUCCCGGCUUGUCGACCCCUCCCAGCUGACCUCUGACCUCGGUGGCUCGUUGGAAUAUGACCACGUGGAGUGGACCGAGCUGCGUCUGGGUCUGGAGGAGUUCUCAGGGGCCGCCGCACAGCUGUUGGCCCAGCUGGAGCAGCUGGAGGCCGGACUGAACCGCAUCCCAGAGCCCCAGGACGUUGACGAGGCCCGCAAACUUCUUGAGGAACACGGUCGUCUCCGCAACACCAUCGCCACAGCGCCAGUUGACGCCCUUGACCGGGAGGGGCGGAGUUUGCUUCAGCGGAUGCGCUUGGGCCCCUCACAUGGUGACGUCUGCAAUGAAAGUGGUGGGGGUAGCCACGGCAGCUGGCUGUCAGGCGGGGCGGACUUCCAGAGUGUGGCCCCAAAGGGUUCAUCUCUGCUUGACCGGCUGGGGGGCGCCCGGCGGCUGCAGGCAGCUCGCAGCCACCUGUUGCAGAGCUGGGGUGACAAAAAGCUCCACCUGGAUCAGGCGCUGCAGCUGCACCUGUUUGAACAGGACGCGACCAAGAUGUCAGAGUGGAUCGCUCACAGUAAGGAGCUGUUCAUGCAGGGUCUGGCGGAGGUUGGCCAGAACCACCAGCAUGCCCUUGACCUCCAGACACAACACCAGCACUUCACCGCCAACUGCAUGAAUGGCAGCGUGAAUGUGGACAGCGUGGUCACUGUUGCGGCGAGGCUUGCUGAGGCCGGUCACUACGGGGCGGAGCGAAUCGCCAAGGUGUCGUCACGAUUACAAGAAGACUGGAAGUCCCUGACGACGGCGCUAGAGGAGCGUAGCAACACACUGGCCAUGGCAACUGGAUUCCACCAGGGAGCAGAGCAGUUCCUGCUCAGGGUGGAGGGUUGGGUUCAGGCCUGCUCUGAGGGGUCAUUGCCGUCAGUGACAGCAGAGCUGGAAGCUGCGAUAAAGAAACACCAGGAGCUGAACGAGGAGAUCUCCGCUAACUACACACAGGUCAGUGAGAGUGGUAAAGCCUUACUGGACGUCCUCCAGCGUUGCCCAACAACCGACUCUGACGACUCAGUGACCAAACCUGACUUCACUGCCACCACACAUGGCAUCAUGGGAGUUCUUCACCAGGUCAUGCAGGGUCAUCAUGAGGUAGAGGCGGCGUGGCAGCACCGUAAGCUCCGCCUCCACCAGCGCCUGCAGCUGUGUGUGUUUCAACAGGAUGUCAGACAGGUGUUGGACUGGGUGGAGCAGCAUGGGGAGGUUUUUCUGAACAAACAUAGCGGAGUGGGGAAGUCUCUGCACCGAGCACGAGCGCUGCAGAAACGCCACGACGACUUCCAGCAGGUUGCACAGAACACUUACACUAAUGCAGAGAAGCUUCUGGAAGCGGCAGAUCAGCUGGCUCAUUCUGGAGAGUGUGAGGAGGAGGAGAUCUACCAGGCAGCGAGAGACCUGGAGCUUCGCAUGCAGGCGUUUAUCCAGCGGGUUGAGCAGAGGAAACUGCUGCUGGACCUCGCUGUGUCUUUCUACACACACACCAAGGAGCUCUCAGUGUGGAUGGAGGGCCUCCAGAAGCAGCUCUCCUCAGACCUCUGUGUUUUUCCAGACACCGUGGAGGCUCUGCAGACACGUAUCAGUCAACAGCAGCAACAACAGGCCAACACACAGGAAGCUGCGAUGAGUGUCAUCCGGGAAGGAGAAGACCUCAUCCUGCAACUCAGGCCCCAGGGCAGCUCGGUGGCCCACGUGGAGUCGGUCCUGCAGCAGCUGGAGGAGUCUCAUGUUCAGCUGGAGGAACUUUUCCACCAGAGGAAGAUCCGACUGGAUGUUUAUCUGCAGCUCCGCAUACUGCAGCAGUGUACGUUGGAGGUGAGUGGGGAAAUGGACGCCUGGAAGCAGGACCUCCAGAAACAGUCCCAGGACUUCUCAGCUGAGAAGCUAACCUCACCACGGCUAGCUGACACAAACCAGGACAAGCUAGGCCAGGACAAGUUAGCACUGGGCCAGUCACGGCUAAUGGAGGCUAGUCCUGAAGCGCUAACCCUAGCACAGCAGCGCAUCCACAGGCACAUGGAGCGAAGGCUGGCUAUGAACAACAUGAUUUAUGAGGUCAUCCAGCAAGGUCAUGACCUUCAGCAGUACAUCACGGAGGUGCAGGCAUCAGGUAUCGAGCUGUCGGAGGCAGAAGGCGGCCUCUCCUCCCAGGUGGAUGAACUGCAGCGCCUCCUGCAGGACAAACAGAAGGAGCUGCAGCAGAUCGCAGAUCACACGCACACACACCUGGAGCAGAACCUGCAGCUGAGACACCUGCAGAGCCAGGUCAAACAGGUGCUGGGGUGGAUCUCAGAGGGCGAGGUCAUGCUGUCCUCCUGCAUGUUGAACUCCAGCUGUUUAUCUGAAGCUGAGCAGCUGCAGAGGGAGCAUGAGCGCCUCCAACAGGCCAUAGAGGCUCUCCUUCAUGCAGAUUCUCUUCAGAGGACUCAUCAGGUGGCUCUGGCGCUGCAGCAGAGAGCAGAACUGCUGGUCAGGUCAGGUCACUAUGAUCCAGAUGCAGUGCGGUCUUGUGCCCAGACGGUGGCACUGCACUGGCAGACUCUGAUGCUGACGAUCGAGGACCGACUCAAACUGGUCAACGCCUCGGCCGCCUUCUACAGGACAUCACAGCAGGUGUGUGGGGUGCUGGAGAGUCUGGAGCAGGAGUACCGCAGGGAGGAGGACUGGUGUGGAGGAGGAGAGCGACAGCCUGAGCAGCUCCUGCCAAUCAUCAACAAACACAUGGAGCAGAAAGAGGCCUUUCUCAAGGCAUGCACUCUGGCAAGACGAAACGCUGAGGUUUUCCUAAAGUACAUCCACCGCAACAGCGUCACCAUGGCAAACAUCUCAGGCCACAGCGUCACUGUCUCCGGGGUAACGGGGGUCACCGAGAUCACCGGGCACUCUAGGGUACCGGAGCAACAGGUCAAAGGUAUCCUUAGUGAAUUGCUGCAGAGAGAAAACAGAGUUCUUCAUUUCUGGACUUUAAAGAAACGUCGACUGGAUCAGUGCCAGCAGUACCUGAUGUUCCAGAACCACACCCAGCAGGCUCUGGAUUGGCUACAGCAGUCAGGUGACCACUACCUGGCCACACACACGUCACCAGGUGCAACGGUGCAACAACUGCUGACCCAGCACAGAGAGUUUUGUGUUUCUGCCAAGCACACCCAGGAGAAAGUUCACCUGCUGAUCCAGUUGGCUGAGAGCAUGCUAACUAAAGGCCACGCCCACCGUGCAGAGCUUCGCCGCUGCGUUUCCACGGUGGACAAACGUUACCGCGACUUCACCGUACGGAUGGGACAGUACCGCCACCUGCUGGAGGUGGCGCUGGGAGGGUGCUCACAGGACAAUAAGGACUUGGAGCUGGAGCUGAUCCCCAACAGUCUGUCUGACUCUGAUCCUGAGGUCAACCUGUCUGACCCCAGCCACCAGGUCAGCGAUGAGAAGAGGCGCUCUGCCCGCAAGAAAGAGUACAUCAUGGCUGAGCUACUUCAAACAGAGAGAGUCUAUGUCAGAGAUCUGCAGGAGUGUAUCGAGACGUACCUGUGGGAGAUGACGAGCGGCUCAGAGGACAUCCCUCCUGGUCUCGCCAACAAGGACGAUAUCGUGUUCGGAAACAUCCAGGACAUCUACGAGUUCCACAACAGUAUUUUCCUGAAGGAGCUGGAAAACUAUGAGCAGCUUCCUGAAGAUGUUGGACACUGCUUCGUUACCUGGGCUGAUAAAUUCCACAUGUACGUGACGUACUGCAGGAACAAGCCAGACUCCAGUUUACUGAUCCAACAACACGGCGUGGGAUUCUUCGAGGAGGUCCAGAGGCGACAUGGUCUCGCUAACUCCAUCUCCUCAGCUCUUAUCAAACCAGUUCAGAGGAUCACCAAAUACCAGCUGUUGCUCAAGGAGCUGUUGGCGUGCUGCGAGGAGGGCAAAGGCGAGAUCAAAGAAGGCCUGGACGUGAUGCUGAGCGUCCCAAAGAGAGCAAACGAUGCUAUGCAUGUUAGCAUGCUGGAAGGUCUGGAGGAGGGUCUGGAGGUUCAGGGCGAGCUCCUCCUCCAGGACUCCUUCCUGGUUUGGGAGCCGAAGUCUCUAAUCAGGAAGGGUCGGGACCGACACCUCUUCUUGUUCGAGCUGUCACUCAUCUUCAGCAAGGAGAUCAAAGACUCGUCCGGACGUACCAAAUACCUUUAUAAGAGCAGGCUCAGGACCUCCGAGCUUGGUGUAACAGAGCACAUCGAGGGGGAUCCUUGCAAGUUUGCCCUGUGGGUCGGACGGACACCGACAUCUGACAACAAGACGGUACUGAAGGCAUCCUCGUUGGAAUUGAAGCAAGAGUGGGUCCGCAGCAUUCGCCAGGUGAUCCAGGAGAGGCGGGGUCACCUGCGGGGAGCGCUGAGGGAGCCCAUCCCACUCCCAAAGACACCCAACCCCACUCUGGGGCGACAGCGCAGCAUCACUCGCAGGGAGACCAGCGAGGACGCAGACAGUCUGGGUGAUGCCAGCAGUCAGCCCGACACCGUCUCCAUUGCCUCCAGAACAUCCCAAAACACCGCUGACAGCGACAAGCUGUCCGGAGGUUGUGAGUUAGUGGUGGUGUUGUUGGACUUCUCCUCCGGGGGACCAGGAGAGCUCAGUGUUCGCUGUGGUCAGACUGUGGAGCUGGUGGAGCGUUCAGCCGAGAGGCCCGGGUGGUGUCUGGUCAGAACGACAGAUCAAACGCCCCAGCAGGAAGGUUUGCUGCCGAUGAGCGCCCUCUGUCUCUCACACUCCCAUAGUGCAGCCGACAUGGAGGGGCUCAUCCCAGCUUCGACCACGUCCUCCAGCACCUCCUCUACCUGCACCACCACUUCAUCCUCCUGCAACUCCUCUACCACUACCACCUCCUCCUCCAGCGCCUCCAACUCUUUCUCGACUGUGAGCACUGGGAAGGACUCUAGCCUGUGCAGCUCUGAAGCUUCAGGACUCCAGACUCAGGCCACCAGUCAAGGUGCCACCUCCCCUACAGUGUAUGGAGCAGGUGGGACUCCAGGUGGUGCUGCCGGCUCUCCGGGGCCAAAACGCAGCGGCUCUGGAACUGGGAAUACCCUGAAGCGCUGGUUGACGAGUCCAGUAAGGAGACUGAGCCAAGGUAAAGCUGACGGACAGAAGAAACCACCAAUGAGAACCAGGAGGCGGGACAACAGGCUGGAGAUGAACACACCCCUCACCAACAACGCUCAGACUAAAGCGAGAAAAGAGGAGGCGGGGCAGAGCGGAGGAGAGGAGGAGCCGGAGGAAGAGAGCCACACCCCUCUACCACCGCCCAUGCAGAUCAUCAAAGACCCCAACAACCCUGAGGCUCUGGAUUCAGACCAGGGCUCCAAUGAGUCUGAUACCGAACAGAGAAACAAGGCUCUGAGAGGACGCAUGUUUGUGGUUAAUGAGAUGGUCCAGUCAGAAAAGGACUAUGUGAAGGACCUGGGUGUGAUCGUAGAGGGCUUCAUGUCCCGGUUGGAGGUCAGAGGGAUCCCAGAGGACAUGACAGGAAAAGACAAAAUCGUCUUUGGCAACAUCCAGCAGAUCUACGACUGGCAUCGCGAUUUCUUCCUGGUGGAGCUGGAGCGCUGUGUUCAGAAUCACGACCUGCUGGCCGACCUCUUCAUCAGACAUGAGCGCCGUUUGCACAUGUAUGUGGUUUACUGUCAGAACAAGCCAAGGUCAGAGUUCAUUGUCAUCGAGUACGAGACCUUCUUUGAGGAGAUCCAGCAUGAGAUCAGCUGCAGGAUGUCCAUCAGUGAUUAUCUGAUCAAGCCCAUCCAGAGAAUCACCAAGUACCAGCUGCUGCUAAAGGAUUUUCUCAAGUAUACGUCCAAAGCAGGACUGGACUGUGAAGAGAUCGAGAAAGCGGUGGAGUUGAUGUCGCUGGUUCCAAAGCGCUGCAAUGACAUGGUGAACCUGGGACGCCUACAGGGAUACGAGGGGAAGUUGACGUCUCAGGGGAAGCUGCUGCAGCAGGAGACCUUCUUUGUCUUGGAGCAGGAUGGAGGAGUGUUGUCUCGCAGCAAAGAGCGCAGAGUUUUCCUGUUCGAGCAGAUCAUCAUCUUCAGCGAACUACUGCGCAAAGGCUCCAACAACCCAGGGUACCAGUUCAAGAACAGCAUUAAGGUGAGUUACCUGGCGAUGCAGGACAGUGUGGACGGGGAUCCUUGCAAGUUCGUGUUGUGGUCUCGCGGCUCGGCAGAGCGCUUCACACUGCAGGCGUCCUCUGCCAGUAUCAAGAUGACCUGGGUGGAGACGAUCGCCACCCUGCUGGACGCCCAGAACAACUUCCUGUCCGCUCUCCAGUCUCCCAUUGAGUACCAGAGGAAGGAGGGUGGCAUCUCUGUGACCUGCCCACUGUCAUUAGGACGACCGCCAUCGGCUCCGCCCACACCCAAUGGCCACGCCCCACAACCUGCACCUGACAGUGAGCAGGACGACCAGGAGCUGGUUCUGGUGCUGCAGGACUUUGUGGCGGUGCGGGAGGAUGAGAUCUCCGUGUUUCGGGGGGAGAAGGUCCAGAUCCUGGCGUCCAACCAGCAGGGUCAGAGUCUGGUUUAUCGGCCGGCCAACAGCGGCUCGCCAGCUGCUGAGGGCUGGGUGUCACGCAGUGUGCUACACAUACACUGACACAAACACAACAACAACACACACUGACAGCAGGGUCAGAGCCUGGUUUACUACUAGUACAUACACUUAAAAUACUGUAAGCCAAUGGGACCAAAAGGCAUGUUGGGAAAUGAAAUAUGCACUGCAAGAGACAGGGAGCAAAGGUGGCGAUGCCAGCUGGUCCAGCUCAUCUCAACAGCUACUUAUGAAAACUGAGUUCACAUCAGCUAGAGUUUACAGUAUAUUGGUGUUGAGCUAGCUUAGAUGAUGGCUGUGUUUCUGGCAGUCUGGGGUUGUUGGACCUAUAGGAGUAUUUGUACUUGUUAGUGUUGACGCUGUCUUGAGGGUAGAGCUAGUGAUACCCCAGCAUUUGGGUAGGUGAUCCAGAGUCUGAAAAGCCCACCGGCCACCCUUUAUGAAAACAUGUAUUGCUCUGUGAGGUUUGAGCAGUUUCCCCAAAGUAGGAUUUUCAUUUCUAACUUGAAAUUCCUUUUUAACUUAGUUAGAUGUAGAAACUAUCCUGCUUUCUAUAGCAGAACAUGGUUUUACAUCAUUUCCUAGCAUGUUAACCAUCAAAUGACCCCUCGGAUUGACUUUGUGACCCCUUAGAGGGGUCCCGACCCUUACGUUAAGGCCUAUACAGAUAGACAUCGCCAUCUUUAGGCACCGCUGUCAUAACUGUGACAACACAUUUCCUAACACACUUUAGUCCCUGAUUAUUGCCAGUUUUAAAAGAGACAUUUCACACACAGACACACACAGCAGGUACUGUUAGUCUCCUCCCUAUUUCCUGGUGCUUCAACUUUCAGCCAAGACACCUCUUCUCACCUCCGUCCUCGCCUCGCCCAAUCAGACGCCACCAUCAGGUCGGCCUCCCAUUUACUACCCCAGGAAACCAUUCACACUCCAGUGACAUCAUGGGUCAGUGGGAAGGAGAUCAUUUGACCACACCAUCAUCGACACCAAGGCCACCAACAGACUCGGACUCCAGGAAGAAGUUGUUGCCUAGCAACAAGAGACUGUUUUAAAAAAUAAAAGCCUCCUGGCAAAGAAGAGGUGAAAAGACCCAUCAGCCAAUGAGAACUGACCUCUGUCUGCAUGUCAUCCUGUGAAUAGUGUGUAUAAAAAGAGUGAGGACACACACACACACACAAUCCAUGCACACACCACUGCUAGGAUGAAGAUGAUGAAGAUUACUAUGAUGUUUAUGAUAAUUAAGAAUAACAGAAUCUGUUUUUCACCUCAAUAUAGAAAAAAGCUGAGAGAAACUUUGUCAUAUUAAUGUGUGUGUGUGUGUGUGUGUGUGUGUGAGUGAGAGAGAGAGUGUGAGUGUUAGUGACACUGUCCUGUGUGUGUUUUUCCACGGACAGUUAGGUGGUGUGUCCUGGUGUAGCGUUGCCAUGACAAAUCGUUGUGUUUACGGUGACACCUACUUUUCCCGUCCUUUUAGCGAACCAGAGCUACCCCCCCCCCCAAACACCAUUACCAUAGCAGCUGGCGGUGAAUGGCGGCCCGAACACGGCGGGGCGUGCAGCUCUGGUUAGUUUGGAUAUUCUGAUUAUGCAUUUCUUGUUUUUGUAUAUAGACCCCACUAUCUCUGGACACUAUCUCUUUCUGCCGGUCUGUCCGCCCGCCCACCCGUCUGUCUGUCUGACAGGCAGACAACAGCUACUCGACCUACUGUGACUGUCUGUUUCUACUCAAACUGAGGUCUCUACCUGUCUCUCUCUGUCUACCUCUGUCUCUCUCUCUCUGUUUCUCUGGUGCCAUUCUCAGACAACACCCCGGUCCUUAAGGAGCUAUGCAGCCUGCCACGUGCACUAUGGAGGGGCUAAAGCAGGAACUAGUGCACCAUGAAGGGUGUACAGGGAGAGACAAAGCAAACUAGAAAGGGUUUAAGGUGGACUCCUUUACAAGGAGCUUGGUUUUAAGGGCAACACACUCUGAUGUCGCAAGUUGCCCAUAUGUAUUAUCACAAAGAUCUUUGCAAGUUAUCGUGUCUUGUGCCUCACUCCCGUCACAUGACCUCAUACAUAACCAUCCAAGUCACCAUUGUGGUACGACUGGGACAAACUGUCCACGUCAGCCUACGAUUUGUAAUCCCAAGCUGCAGAUAUCUGCAAAUUUCUGACACAUUUGGUGAAAAGAACUAAAGAAAUGCUAACAAACCUGAUGCAGACUGGCUGCAAAAGCUAAAUAAAUCUGAAUAUUAACACAAAAGUACCAUUCAGCUAACUUUCUCCGAGCUGUACACUCAAUGUAUUUGGUUUCACUUUGUUACAAACUGUUACAAAUGUAUAGCGCAACAAAAUAAGCCAAUUUAGACUGUUCAUCUGUGUGACUACAAGGUUAGCACUAGAGCUAACUACCUUGGAGUAAUGUGCAAACACUCCCAAAGUCAGAAUAAUGGGUGUUUUUCUUCUUUCCUUUCUGCCAACAGUGUGACUUUUUCUGAAAAGUGGCAGUUUAAAGGUAAUUAAAGGCUCAAAUUCAACAGACUUUGUGCUAUAUUAACCAAGCACAGUAUUUUCAAUACUGACAUGGCCAACUCUGCAGAACAGUCUCACCAUAAAUAAACUCAGGGGCUGAUCAAAAGCUCCAGAACUGCUACUAAGUGGACCUCGUGUGAGCAAAUGAUGAGCAGUGGUGCAGUGUUAAGUCAAGUAGCCAGUGUGUGAUGCAUUUAAAUGUAGUUUAAUGCUGCAUUCAUUUCAUGUGGGAUUUACCACAAUUUCCAUUUCCCGACACAUGAAGAGUGUUCAUGACAA